AUGGAGACGAAUGUUACAGGGGGAGCUGCUGAAGAAGUAGAUGCACUGUACAACUUCAUUUCAGCGGUGUCUUGGUGCGUCGCAACGCCGCUGUCUCUGGUUGCGAACAUUUUCUCGCUGCUAGUCGUUCACCGCUCUCCCGUGAGGAAUGAUAUCACCCAGGCCUACGUAGCGAGUGUUAGCACCAUUGUCAUGGGGCUGACCCUGUGCCUGGGCCCCACGGCUGCACUGAGUUCAAUCACGGGUGGGGAGUGGAUCCUUGGUAAUGGCAUUUGCACGGUACAGGGUUUGCUCUUAGCGGCCAUACUGUCAGUUCUCUCGGUCAUCAUGUUCAUCUUUUCGAUCGAAAGGUACGUCUAUUUGGCGCAUCCCCUUCGGUAUCCUGUUUUGGUAACUUUUAGCCGGACUCGAGUCAUCAUCGCCGGUAUGGCACCCAUCGGUCUUCUCGCUGUGAUCUUCUGUGGCAUCUUAUCGGAUUGGCGCGGUCUGUACAUGUCUUCUUGGCACGCCUGUGUGCCUCACUUCAAGGACGACAUCGCCCGCUCCGUAUACUUCUGCGCCUACCUCCUGGUGAAGCUGAUCCCUGCAGUAAUCGGCUACGCCUUACACUGCUCCCUCCUCCUCAUAGCGAGGCGACACUUGCGUCGUAUUAUCGCCGACAUGCCGUCCCCACACACCGUCCGUGCGGACCCGACCCUCAGCCGGGCCGCUGUCUUGAUAUUUCGCCGGCUGAAGCUCAAUAUCGCCCGCUGGGUCUUGCUCAGUUUCUUCGCUUUGUUUUUCCUGGCCAUGGACCUGAUUCCAGAUCUAGCCUGUCUGUACCCGAUACCAAACUACCUGGUGCUGCCUGGAAAUAUUGCGUUUCUGUUCGUUUCCUGUGCGUUACCUAUUGCUCACCUGUACAGCAAUAGGUCCUUGAAGCGUACAGCCAACCAAACUCUUGGAUGUUGUUCCUGUAGGUGCGAAAACAAAAACCUACACAGCGUAGACGUAUGA